GUCGUGGUGGCGGUUUGAAUCCCAUAGCAACCUCCUCGACUCCCUGCGAUUUGGCACUGAUUUCUCCACUUAAGUGAAUCAGCGAAAAUCUGUGUGUGUGACAAAUUCAAUCAUUUCAUUGCUGAAGAUGUCUUACGGUGGUGCGGCAAUGGGCGCGCCGGCGACGAGCGGCACGGGUUCGUCCUCAAUAAAACAAGUGAAGUUGGAAAGGGAGAGCGAGCUCAGGAUCGAGGUAGGAAACGACACCCCGCUUCGUCUCCGCCUCCUCAACGGUUCGGCUGAGAUCUAUGGCUCCGAGCUAGCUCCUGAAAUCUGGCUGACCUUCCCUCCCCGUCUCAAAUUCGCCGUUUUCACGUGGUAUGGAGCUACCAUCGAAAUGGAUGGCACUACUGAAACGGAUUAUACUGCAGAUGAGACACCUAUGGUCAGUUAUGUGAAUGUGCAUGCUGUACUAGAUGGACGGAGGAGCCGUGCUAAAGCCUCAUCGUCUACGGACUCUGAUGCUUCUCAGGGUCCUAGAGUGAUGGUUGUUGGGCCUACAGAUUCUGGAAAGAGUACCUUAUCAAGGAUGCUUCUUAGUUGGGCAGCUAAACAAGGUUGGAAACCCACCUUCGUGGACUUGGAUAUAGGUCAAGGAUCUAUAACCAUUCCAGGAUGUAUUGCUGCAACACCUAUUGAGUUGCCUAUUGAUCCAGUGGAAGGAAUUCCACUUGAAAUGCCUCUUGUUUACUUCUAUGGGCACACAACUCCUAGUAACAAUGUAGAUUUGUAUAAAACACUUGUAAACGAGCUUGCUCAAAUGUUGGAGACUCAAUUUUCACGGAAUGCUGAAUCUCAAGCUGCAGGGAUGGUAAUUAAUACAAUGGGAUGGAUAGAAGGUACAGGAUAUGAGUUGCUCCUACAUGCAAUCGACACAUUCAAGGCCAAUGUUGUCUUGGUUCUGGGUCAGGAAAAACUAUUCAGCAUGCUUAAGUCUGUAGCAAAAAGUAAGCCUAAUGUGGAUGUUGUGAAACUUCAAAAGUCAGGUGGUGUUGUAUCCAGGAAUGCGAAAGUCCGUCAGAAAGCCCGGAGUUAUAGGAUAAGGGAAUAUUUUUAUGGCCUCACAAACGACCUCUCCCCGCAUUCCAAUAUUGCAAAUUUCAGUGAUCUGUUUGUGUACCGGAUAGGUGGUGGUCCGCAGGCUCCAAGAUCUGCACUGCCAAUUGGUGCAGACCCUAUUGCUAAUCCUUUAAGAGUAACCCCAGUGAAUAUUGACCGGGAUUUGCUUCAUACAAUACUUGCUGUUUCAUAUGCCAAGGAGCCUGACCAAAUUUUAUCAAGUAAUGUUGCCGGUUUUAUCUAUAUCACUGAAAUUGACGUUCAAAGGAAGGUAGUUACAUUUCUUGCGCCAUCAGCUGGAGAACUACCUAGCAAAUACUUGAUUGCUGGCACUUUGACAUGGCUUGAAACAUGAAACAUUAUGGAAGCAAACACAGAUGUUAUCAGAUUGCCCAGGAUGACCUAAUAGUAACUGUAUGUCUUCUACUGAAGUGUGAACAGUAUGGCAGCAAAACCCCUUGUUGUAAUUUAACCAUUUACUGUAACCUAUGGCAUUGGAGACUGAUUUGUAUGCCUUUCCUUUUCCUGUGUUUAUAGUAACUCAGUUUACUAAAAAGUUAAAUAUGACUGAAUUUUUCAUAUUAAUUCGAUACCUUGACAAGCUUAGAGCAUA